GAGGAAAUAUAAAGAAUCAAACUGACAUUCAAUCAAUCGUAUGUCAAAUUAACAGCCAACAUCAAUUUGUAAGCAUGUGUUGUUUUACCACUCUCCUAAAUUCAUAAUGCCAAAAAAACCCCAAAAAAUUGUAAUUCCCAAAGGUACGAUAAAUCCCAAUGAGACUACCGUAAUUGAAAUACCCGGUAAUUUGAGGAAAAAAUCGGUAGUUAUAGCCAAAAAGGGAACUGAUAAUACUACAGUGAUAUCAGAAUCUUCAAGACGAAGAAAAACAGAUCAAAGGCCCACCAAACUUCACCGUGGCCAACAAACGACGACCACCACACAACAUUUAAGAACAGGACGCAAAAAAAAUUUAACUUUAAACGAGCCAUAUCUUGAUGCAAAAAUGUCGCAUACUCCAUGUUCACAACAUCCUCCACAACCACAACAGAGUUCUUCCUCGCAAGCUCAAACUGUAGGACACGCUUCGUAUGUAAGUUAUGCAGAAGAUGAGGAUAUUGAACAACUCCUAGAUGAUCUUGAAAGGUAUUACUGUUCCCAGAGACAGUUGCUUAUUAAAGCGAAAUUGAGUCGGUCAUCAAUCUGUGGUUGUCAAAGUCAACAUAGUCAUCAUAAAAGCAUGUGUGUACAGACCGACUCCCAAACGGAUUACAGCGAUUAUGAGACUUUUAAGUGUGGGAUAAGUAAUGCCCGAACAAGUGAGCCGAAGUUCAAAACAACGGGAGCGAAUAGAAGUCACCAUGAGAAGUUUGGAAUGUGUUGUUCCCAAGGAAGUAAUCGGCCUUCAGGAACUCAAGUAACCAGAAGUGCACCCCAAUCUCACUUGACAAUAGAACCUGAUUCAACAAACAGGACAUGCUGUUCCGGAAAAACAGGCUUUGCUGUUCAAAAACCGCAAAUUACUUCUUCUUGUAGUAGUAUAUGUAUGCCUCAAGUUGUAGAUAAAGAAAGUUCCGUAAAUAUACUAACUCAAUGCGAUCUGGAAUUGAUAAGAAGGCAAUUUGAAGAAGCUUCAAGAAAACUGCAAGAAGUUAUAAGUUCCCAGAACAGGUGUCAUAUAUCUCAAGAUUCUAAAAAACAACACGAUUGCAAAUAACUAAUGGAUUUGUUAAAGAAACAAACGAUUAAUGAUGUUCGAAAUUUUGUGAUCAAUAAAAAACAUAUUU